UAAAAUAAUAUUCCUAUUUUCAAACAAAUUUAACCGUAAUUUCACGUUUAAAAGUGCGAAAUCAUUCGAUUUUCCACGCAACAUGAAUCGAGCGACGAUAUCCUGCGUGAAGUGGGUCGACUUUAGUGACCACAUGUUCAGCACAUUCCUGGACGUGUACGCCAAUGGGCUCUACACGGACGUGACGCUGGUCCCAUCGGAUGGGGGUCAACUUACGGCUUGCCGGAUGGUUCUGUCGAUGGCUUCCAAGUUCUUCGAGGACAUUUUCCGCACAGCUUUGACCACAAUGCCGGCGAGUUGUGUCGGAGCAGGAGCAGGACCAAACGAUGCAACGAAAGAUGUCUCUGUGAUGAUUCCCGACGUGAGCUUCACCAUCAUGAAGCACGUCCUGCACUUUAUCUACACCGGAGAGGUUCACAUGAAUGCCCGGGAAAUGUCGGACUUUUUCGAAGCAUGCCAGUUGUUUGGACUGAAGGGAUUGGACUAUCAGAAUGGGAACAUUAACGGGGUGAAAAUUGCCGGUUCGAAUAUUGUUACGCCGGAACAGUACGAGUAUGAGGAACUGCAGGAUUCGUACGCGGAAGGAUCGAUGAUAGAUGUUGGAGGCGCAACGGAGUCGGAGGAAGGAGCAAUGGUUGAACCGACGGUUGGUGCCGAUGCGGUGAGCGAGGGCGAGUUUCAGGUGGAGGAAGUGCAUAAGGAUGGCGGCACCGAGACGGAAACGGAGAAUCAGUAUUACGAGAUGGAUAUGAAUAUGGUGGAUCUUGAGUCUGGUACGAGCAAUCAAGAAAGUAACGAUCAAACGGUGAUGGUAACGAAAGAGGAACUAGUGUCUGGAAAUCAAUCAAACACUUCCGACGCUGAAACGAGCGGCGAAUCAUCGGGCUUGUGUAAGAAGCGACUGAAGAACGUCGAGUAUGGAGAUAAGCUGGAUGAGGCGAUUAAUACGAUUAUUCAGGGAGGAGCGAGCUUCCGAACAGCUUCCAUUCAGUAUGGUAUUCCGAAAACGGUUCUGUGGAGAAAAGCUGUCAAAGCACCGAACUACAAAGCGGAUCGGUUCGAAUUGCCAUCGCCACGAAAGGAGGCCAUCGAAGCGUUGAAAGCGGGCGAGAAAUUGUUGAACAUAAGCAAACGAUUCGAUAUACCACUGUCCACGCUGCAUCGGGAUAAGAUUAAGCUGUUCAGUGAAGGGGCACUGCCGGACAAUGUGAUGCUGAAGCAAAGGGACAAGGGUACCGAUUUCAAGGACCGUGUUCUGGAAGCGGCGCAGCAGUGUGUGGCAGGACUGAUGUCCCAAUCGGAAGCAUCCAAGUUGUACCGGUUGCCAAAGACUACCAUUUGGAGGAAGAUUAAAGUAUUGCGUGCGGCGGACGGAGGUUGUAGUAGUCAAAUAGAUAGUAGCAGCACUUCCGUCGCAGCGGAUAUGUCGGUCGACAUCAAGCCAGAGUUGAUCGAAGUGUUGGAAAGUCAAGAUGAUGACGGGAUGGAACCGGAGGAUCAGCUCGAGCCGGACUAUGUGGUGAUGGUGUGAGGAGAUUGAUGAGGACGAAUGAAAGGA